AUGUCAAAAGUCGAGGAUGAGAGUCACGCAAACAACAUAUUGGCUCCCGAAGACACCGUUCUUGAAACUGUUGAGUCGGCGCCCAAGAUAAUUGUACCAGAAUCAACCGACAAACAUAUCAGAAGUCCGUCAAUAGAUGAUUCCACUUCACUGAACGACGAUCUGCUCAGUGUUUCAGGAUCCAAUGCUAGGCCUUUGGACUCAUCCCGUAUGAGUCUAGAUUCGUAUUCGGUAAGACGAAGCUUCGAUUCAUCUGUGAUGGGCCGGCACAGCAGAUCUUUUGGCUUCGACAAGGAGAAUCAUAGUGGUUCCAUGGAGUACUCGCCAUUGGGUAACAAUUCUAUAUAUGAAAUUGUGAUGAAUACUCGGCGGAAAGACUGGCUAGCGUAUCCAACAGUCAAUGAUAUCCCCCCCGUAUCGCUGAGCAAACCUGUAAUUGAGGACUGUUGGAAGAAAGCAGUGAAGCAGUACGUUGCGGAAGUCAAAUAUGAGAGCAGCAUUUUUGAAAGUACAAGCAAUUUAAGAACUAUGACACGUAUGGAACAACUGAGACAGCUUGAAAAAUUCGAUACGUCGAGUCCGGAGGUUGCUACGGAUGAGAGUGUGUCCGAAAACGCUGACAAUGCAAGGGAGCUCGAUGAAGUGCCUUCUUUUUAUUUUGAGAAGGAUUUCCAGUUGGAUAAUCCUCGGACUUUCCACCGGGUUUUGAAGGGAAUAGACUUGCAAUUGAGCAGUUUGACCCUAGGCGAUCAGACCAGGAGGGACGAAGCUCACUUUGAGCUAAAGGAUCGACUCAACUACUACUUAGAUACAGUGGAGAAUCUACUAGUUGCAGAGAUCUCAAAAUCAUCGCACAAGUUUUUUCAUGCAUUGGCCGAUGUCGACCAGAUACAGCAAAAGGCUGAAAGCACAGUUGCAGAGCUGGAUAAGCUUACAGAAGCGGUUGAAAUUGCGGACAGGGAAAGGAUAAGAAAGAGAAUAGACAGCCUGCAGAAGGUUUUUAAGAGAAAGAAUGUGCAAAAACUAGAACAGGGAUUAUUGCAAGUAAAACAGGUCCUCGCCAGGUUGGAACAAUGCAAAGAGCUGUAUGGCAAAGGUGAACUUGAGCAGUGCUUGGAUCUCAUAGGUUCCGUGGACUGUCUUAUCAAGGGGGACGACUUUCAUGAUCAAACUGUUCAGCGUUGGGUCGCCGAUUGGCCAUAUAAGUUAGUGGAUCUCAAAUCUGUGCCCGCAUUGACAGAGGCAAGAGAAUUUCUGACCAAUUUAAUGAUAGAGAUUGGAGGAAAAUUCUCACUGCAGCUAUGUGAAAUACUAUUGAAAGAUGUUGAAGCGUAUUGUGAAUCAGUAAGUGUGAAUGAAACUUUGGGCAGAUUUCAGAACGUCUCCAGCCCCAGGAAGUUCCUUGAGAUGGACUCAGAUGUUAUCUCAACUGUUAAAGGUCUAAUACAUCAACUUCGCAGGUGCGAAGAACUGGCAAGUUCCCUCGAGCUGUACCGAGAGAAAUGCGUUACAGAGGUGAAAAGCAUCAUCAAAAGGCAUUUGCCACAGAAGCAUUCAACUUCACCCGUAGAGGAGCAGGACGCCGGAGAGCAUCCUCGAUCGCAGCAGUCCGUCAGCAGCGGUUCCAAGCUAUCGCGCCUAAUUAGGGAGCAGACGCCCGCAGAGUUCCAAGAGAUGCUUGUAACUAUCUUUACGCGCUCCAGUGAGGCGCUGAGGAGAUUUUCCAGGCAUCAGAAGUUACUGCUCGAUUUAUCCCUGAGCGAAAUAACAUCGACGCCGACCUCCCAGGAAAGUGACAACCAGCAAAGUAUGAUCAUUCAGCUUGACAUCCGCUCUGGCAUAAACGAGACUAUUAAGAUCCUGCAGUUACGUAUGGGCAAAAUUAUUGCUGUGCGACGUGAGUUGACCGCUACUCUAAGAUUCGAUCAUUUUCUCAAACUAUACACCAUAUGCGUCCUCUUCAUUCAGGAAUGUGAGGCCGUGAGCGGCGAAUUCCUGACCAAAUACUUUAGCGAUGUCCUAGCCGCCCAGAUCAAGAACUACAUAUCCGCCCAGGGCGCACGAAACAUGCGUGCCAUACAAAGCAAGAUAGACGCGGAAAAAUGGAUCCCCUUCAUAGUCGAUCGACGCAUACAGAAGGACGUCAACGACAUAGUCUCUAGCGUGGAUCUCGAUCCGCUGGACUGGGUGCAGUAUUCCGAUCUACUGAGACCCAGCCACACCGCCGAGGACGCCUCGGACGCCACAGAGGACCAACCACCAAACGACUCCGCCAAUAAACAGCUCGGCCACCGCAAAUCUGUGGUUGUAGGCGACAAAACCUUCGUUGCCAGCGACGCCCUGCUGACCUGCAUACGCAUGAUAAAGGAAAUCUUCAUCUUGUCAACCAACCUGCCGGGCGCCUAUCUCGCCAACUUCGAAAAGAUGGCCUACGAUCUCCUCAAGCAAUUCAACACCUUUGCCAUGGAUUCCGUCACUCUACCGGAUAAAACUCUCUCCAAAUCAGCCAAGAAUCUCUCCAUCAUGGGCGAGUCCCUCGACUGUCUCGCAGAGUUCGUGCUCAUCGUGCAACGAUUCUACCAGAGAUUGUUCAAUUUCAGCAGGGAAACAGCACCUCACGAACAACUGAACUACAGUCUGCUUUUACAAAAAUAUCAGGCAUCUGCAGAGAAGAUAUACCAGGCCAACGCACCGCCUCCGCCGGUCUAA